UGAGAGAGAGAGAGAGAGAGAGAGAGAGAGAGAGAGAGAGAGAGAGAGAGAGAGAGAGGUUAACAUCCUCUUUUCCUAUAUAGCUUUCUUUUCUCAUGUACUCCUUUCCUCUUUGAUCCAAAAUUACCUAGAAAAACAUCUAACAACCAAUCUUCAAUAUCAGAUUCCCAAACCAUAGUUUCGAUGAAUAUCAGGGACGAUAUAAAUCAAGAAAACCCAGGCGAUUAUCAAAGAGGGUGGUUGAAUCUUAGCCUAGGACAAAAUCUAGGUGAGAGUUCACAAUCAAGACCCAUGAAGGUAUAUACAUGCAACUUCUGCAAGAGGAAGUUCUACAACUCACAAGCAUUAGGUGGUCAUCAAAAUGCCCACAAAAGGGAGAGAGAGGCAGCUAGAAGAUAUCAUUCACCAAAGACAACCGACUUCGCACUGAAUUUCACAGGUAACCGAUCACUUGGUGUUCAUGCCCACUCUCUUCUUGUUCACACACCAACCACAAAUGGUGAAACAACUGUAGCAAGGUUUACUGAUGAUGGUGCCAGAUAUGGAGUACGGAUGCAGCCUUAUGAUGUGGAGGAAACAGUGGAACUUAAAUGGCCUGGAGGUUUUUAUUUGGAAGCCCAACCAGCUUCUCAGCCGUCAGAUCAGCAUAUACUUGAUUUGAAUCUAAAGCUGUAAUUUGGUACCAUUUAUGACUUCUUGAAUGCUGAAUUCUCACUAGGGUAAGUUUGUAACAGCUUCUAAUGAGAAAUAUCAGUUUCUCAAUACUGUUCGUUUGACUUGGGAGAUCCACACUACUUUGUGAGGUAACUUUCCAGUUAGAUGCAUUUCAAUUUCAUAAUUUUAAAGUGUAAUUGUUUAGAGCAAACUCUCAGCAUCUUCUUAAAUAAAAUUAUGUCCAGUCGCUUGUACUUUAUUCCUUGUAAUGUUAGGUAUAUAUAGAUAACAUGUAAUAACUUGUAUUUACAUACUGCAGAUCUUCAGUUUUUUGAAAUCUAGACGUACACUUAUCAA